AUGGCACUUCUAUCACACUCUAAAAGGCCAAAGUUCCUCUUUUCGCUACGGAUUCAAGAACUAGCAAACAUUCCAAAAGUAUCAGGGGCUUGUUAUGUCAAAUGGUAUCUUAAAGACUCGCCAACACAACAAACCAGAGGGCGUACUCAAAAAGUACAUAUCAAAGACCAUAGAGCUUAUUGGGGAUAUGACUAUGAAGCAUUAGUAAAGCUGGGAAUAAAUAGAAAUAAAUUACUGCAAGAUAAAAUUCUUGUUUUAAUUGUUUACACUGAGAAUUCACAUCAUCAUCACCAUCAUCAAAGAACACACUCAAAGGAUAAUAAUUCAUCACUGAAUCCAAACCCUCAAAAUCAAUUGGAUCAUCGCCCACUUAUACCAGUUGAUAAAUUAGAAAACUUGGAUGAAAAAUUAAUACCCACCACUGAUCAAAAGACAACAUUAGGUAAAAUUGAAAUAAACUUAGCUGAAUAUGUCAAUUACGAAGAACCUACUUCGAAUAGAUAUCUGUUACAACAAUCCAAAAUAAAUUGUAUAUUAAACGUUAAAAUUGGUAUGGAGCUAAUCAAAGGUGAAAAAUCAGAGUUCAUUGCCCCUUCAAUGAAGAACUCAAAUGUAUUUAAAGGUAUUUCAAAUGUUUUCAAUGAAUCAUCUGCUUUCCAUGAAAGUAUAACUAGACCAAGUUCUGCUGCUCCAUCUCAUAAUAAGGCUAAUAGUGCAUCAGGUAUGAGUAGUCCAGACUAUAAAAACCAUAAAUCAACAAUGGCUAUAACUUCAGAUCCUAUUGUUGCUAAAUUAUAUGAAAAAACAUUCGAGAUUUCUUGGGAUCCUAGACCAGGUGAAUUUACUGCUGGUGAAAGUGUUGAUGAUAUAUUCAAUGGCGGAGAUGGCUGGGCUAAAAACGAAGAAGGUAUCAAUCUGAUUGAUUUGGAUAUUGAUGCUAAUAGAACUCAAAAUCCCCUACAUCAAGUCAGUGACUAUAAGGGUGAUACUACAACCCAAGCUCUACUUAAAGAAUCAGAUAUAAGAGAAGAUUUGAAAAGUUGGUCUAUUAAUCAUACACUUCCAUAA